GCCCAGUAUAUCUACUUACCGAAUCGAACAGUCAUUCAUUUACUGCAGAGGUUACUGGUAAAUCAUGAAUAUGAAGCUGUGCGUGGCUGCAAUCGUGGUUUGUUUUGGCCUGUCGGAGGCCUUUCUCUGGGAAAGAAGAACUGCUACAGCAUCAGGAGAAACUGACCCCCAGUGUUUUGCGCACGGCUCUGCGGGACGAUGCGAGUUCUACUCCUGUUUUGAAAACAGGCUGCCAUGCGGAAGCCGGGGGUACAUGUCCAAAUAUGGAGGUUACUACUGUGCCCGGUUCGACGAGCUGUACCAUACCUUUGACCAACAGGCUAAGGACUGGAUCAACGCCACCUCGCGGUGUAUGACAGAACGACUUUUGGCCUACUACAACCAGGAGACGGUUCAGUGUCAUGACCUUUCACACUUCGCCUGGAACAAUUGGAGCGCGUGUUACCUGGAAAACGGAUUCUGCAAUGUAUUCUGGGCCAACCGACAGGCGUUCUGGGAUAUCUACCAAUUCCGCGACCUCUUCUCCAUGGGGGCAGGAAAGAUCUGGCGAGAGAUGGUGCAGAUUACGGGUCAGUGCGCAGCUCAGCGGGGGUCGGCGGAAUUCACCCAGCGGGGCGGCUUCCAGGGCAUGAUCGACAACAUCAGGAACCUCGGAGACAGAAUCAGGGACACCGUCAGCAAGAAGUAAACCGAUAAUGACAAACGUCAAUCUCUUCAAAACGACCGAUAGCGGACAGAAGACUCUAGCCCAACACCCAACGCUGGUCUCGUCACAUGAGUGCGCAUGACGGAAGUGGGUAAUGGAGAAAGGCCCUUGCUGGAAAUUGCGGUGGACCGAACAUGGACCCUUCUUCUUGCUCAGUUUCUACUAAUACCGAUUUUUAUUUCGCGUUCGGGAUUGUCUUGACACUCUGUAUAUAGACAUUGUUCGGUGUUGAUACUGUUAUGUAAGCGCAUUUUCAACUGUAUUUGUCCACCCCUCCCACAAAAUAUCAGGGAAAAUCGAAUGUGCAGUAAGCCUAUAACACAGGAACUCGUUAUUGGACUGUAAAUAUACGUAUAUACACCCAAUAUUCUCUACUUAUACAUUGUGGGUAUAUAUUUUUAUUUACGGAUCAAUAACGAGUUCCUCUGGCAUAUUAUCGUGAUGCCCACAUAAAAAUACAAACAUUUUUGUUAUAUUAUUGAUAUAUCCUUGUAUUAUCCCGGUCUGAAAUACAAAUAAUACAUCACUAUGUCAAUGUCGAAUAUAUUAUCUGAUUCUUUCGGAUUAGGACAAAAGCAACGGAAACUAAUAAAUGUUUUCAGGCACCUGUGUCGUCACUAUGUAUAUGUGCCGCCAUACAGUCUGUUACAUGAAGUCGUGUUACAUCACCAAGCAUGACACGGAUGCCUUGAACCAGCCUGUAACAUCUGCUGCUGUAAGAUUUGUGCACUGUACAUGUGAGUUACAAAACAUUUGAUAAUAAAUAAUGUCUUACAA